UGCGGCAUACCUAAGAGAGAGAGAGUGUAGAGAGAGAAAGUAGAGCAAGUGGGUGGCACGCCGUAGAGAGAGAAAGUAGAGAGAGAGUAGAGAGGGGGAAAGAUUCGAGCGCUGGGUAGGUGAAUCCUGUUUUCAGGAGGCAAUUAAGGUUUUUCCAGAUCAAUGCAUAUCCUUUAAUGGAUUUUCACCUUUCUCUCUCUUCUCUCGGUUCUUUUUUUUUCUCAAGAAGAAGAGAGAGAGAGGAGAUUUGAUACGAAGUCAAUGCCUGCUGAUUCUGCUUCGCGAUUAAUGAGUUUCUCGAACCGUUGUUGAACGGUCGUUGAAUAAUCUCCACUCUUGGUGAUCUGCUUUUUGAAAACCCGAGAGAGAGCCUUUGAUUUUGAAAGCUCGUUUCUUUGCGUAUUUAAGCUUCCUCUGCUCCAUUAUCUUGUAUUUGUUUUGUGGUUGAGUUCUAGAGAGAGAGAGAGUAGAGAGAGAUGUCUGUAGCUAAGAAGUUCCUUGUGGAGGUAGAGCGUGCGAAGGAGGGGAGAGAAGGGAGGCCUUCGGCUGGGCCUGUUUAUAGGAGCAUCUUUGCUAAGGAUGGGUUUCCUGAGCCGCCUCAAGGAUUGGAGAGUUGUUGGGACAUUUUUCGUUUAUCAGUUGAGAAGAACCCUAACAAUCCAAUGCUUGGUCGGCGUAAAAUAAAGGAUGGAAAGGCUGGUGAAUAUGUGUGGAUGACUUAUAAAGAAGUAUAUGACAUAGUGAUGAAACUUGGGAAUUCCAUUAGAAGCUGUAGUAUUGAACAGGGAGGCAGAUGUGGCAUCUAUGGUAUCAACUGUCCAGAGUGGAUUAUAAGUAUGGAGGCCUGCAAUGCUCAUGGGAUUUACUGCGUUCCUCUAUAUGACACACUUGGUGCUGAUGCAGUAGAAUUUGUUCUUCGUCAUGCGGAAAUUUCGAUUGCAUUUGUCGAAGAGAAAAAGAUUGUGGAGGUACUGAAAACUCUUCCAAAUACGAAUGAAUUCUUGAAGAAACUUGUAAGCUUUGGCAAGGUUACGCCUGAACAAAGAGAGGAAGCUGAAAAUUUUGGGGUGGGAUUCUAUUCAUGGGAUGAAUUUAUCCAGCUGGGAAAUGACAAACAAUUUGAUGUGUGUCCACCAAAGAAAGGUGACAUCUGUACAAUUAUGUAUACCAGUGGAACGACUGGAGAUCCCAAGGGUGUGAUGAUUAGCAAUGAAAGCAUUGUUACUCUUAUUGCUGGUGUAGAACAGCUACUUCGCUUUAUGAAUGAAGAUUUGAGUAACAAAGACGUGUAUUUGUCCUUCCUCCCUCUGGCCCAUAUAUUCGAUCGAGUUAUAGAGGAACUGUUCAUUCAAACAGGUGCCUCAAUAGGAUUUUGGCGUGGGGAUGUCAAACUAUUGACCGAGGACAUUGCAGAACUAAAACCAACCAUUUUCUGUGCUGUUCCACGUGUCUUGGAUCGCAUAUAUACAGGUUUGAAUCAGAAGAUUUCUGCCGGGGGUAGAUUCAAGAAGAUUUUGUUUGAUGUUGCACAUACAUACAAAUUUAAUUACAUGAAGAAGGGAUACAAUCAUGAUCAGGCAGCGCCAAUUUUUGAUAAGAUAGUUUUCAACAAGGUGAAGCAAGGAUUAGGAGGGCGUGUACGACUAAUUCUAUCUGGAGCAGCUCCCCUUGCCUCCCAUGUGGAAGCUUUUCUACGAGUGGUGACUUGCGCUCAUGUUCUACAAGGCUAUGGUCUGACUGAAACUUGUGCCGGUACUUUUGUCUCGCUACCAAAUGAGCUCUCUAUGCUUGGGACAGUUGGACCACCAGUACCAAAUGUGGACGUGUGCUUGGAGUCUGUUCCUGAAAUGAAUUAUGAUGCUCUUGCAAGCACACCUCGUGGGGAAGUCUGUGUAAGGGGGAAAACCCUGUUUUCUGGAUACUACAAACGUGAAGAUCUGACUAGGGAGGUUAUGAUUGAUGGAUGGUUUCACACAGGAGAUAUUGGUGAAUGGCAGCCAGAUGGGUGCUUGAAAAUCAUUGACAGGAAAAAGAACAUUUUCAAACUAUCCCAAGGUGAAUAUGUUGCAGUUGAAAACCUGGAAAAUAUCUAUGGUCUUUGCUCAGACAUUGACUCGAUCUGGGUUUAUGGAAAUAGCUUUGAGUCGUUUCUCGUGGCCAUAGUGAAUCCCAACCAAGUUGCACUUGAGCAGUGGGCCGAAGCUAAUGGCCAAAGUGGAGAUUUUACAGCUCUUUGUCAGAACCCAAAAGCAAAAGAGCACAUACUUGAGCAGCUAUAUCAGAUAGCUAAAGCUAAAAAGUUGAAAGGUUUUGAGUAUCUGAAAGCAAUUCACCUUGAUCCUGUUCCUUUUGACAUGGAACGGGACUUGCUUACCCCAACAUACAAGAAGAAGCGACCUCAGUUGCUCAAGUACUACCAGGGUGUUAUCGAUGAGAUGUACAAGAAUGCAAAAUGAGAAGCGUUGAGUUUCUUGUGGCCUGUGAAUAUUUGAUUUAUAAAAAUAUGAACGUGUAUUAAUUCCGGAAUUAGCUUGACCUUUUAUUUAAAUAUCACAAAAAUAUCAUUUUGAUUGAUUUAGACUGUAUAUAAGGUUUACAUUGAAUGCUGGACUGUGUAUAAUUCCGAUUCUUUUGACGUGCUUGCAAUGCAACUGAAAUGAGCUUGGAUUUGAAGGA